GACUCAAAAAACUGAAUUAAGGCGCGGGCUCCCGAAUUUAAUACUACAGCUACCAAAAGCCCAAUUGGGGGGGCAAUAAAGCCAAUUGAGGCGUGCGCGCCCCAAUUGGUUUUAUUGCCGCCCCAAUUUGGCUUUUCGUCGCCCAGAUGCCUUAUAAACUCCCUGUAUCGUCUUCUUCCUCCAUAUCUCCCAACAAAUCGCCUGAAUUCCCCUCUAAAGUCGCCGGAAAUCGAUUCCUCGCCUUCAACCACCCAAACCCCGCCGGAAAUUCAUCAACCACCCAAACCUCGCCGGAAAUCGACUUCUCCAACUCUCCUUUUUCAUUCCGUCGGCCAUGGAAGGCGAAGAGCUUGACGAUGGAGGAGGGCACCAUGUCGAGAAUCCCGACCGUGGUGGCCGAAGGAGAGGCAGAGGCAGAGGUGGCGGUCGGCGAUCAGUAGCUCGCCGUGAGUCCAGCCGCCAAUCUCCUUCUUUUUUAUUGUCGGCGGCGAGGUUCCGGUUACCGGCGGCCAGUUCCCGAUGACCGGCGCGAGUCUCCGGCAUGGUUUUGAAAUAUAUUUUUAAUUCUGUUUUGUGCGUUAAUUGCAGCUCCUAUUGUUUAUGAUCAAUAUGCUUUGAUGCCGCCACCAAGAACGUUAAAUCCGGCUCCAUUAGAGAACGAAUUAUUAUGGGCAGAUGGUGAACAUCGAGCCGAUUUGGUUUGGGCAAAUGAGGUAUGUACUUUAAUUUAUGAAUUAUAAGUUAUUUAAUUUAGUUUGAAUUAGUAUGGAUUAGGGAAAAGUACUCAUUAGUGGCUAUGAAUUGUUUAAGUGUAUAGUUUUUAUCUAUAUAGGUGCUUUUGAAUUAUAAGUUAUUAAAUUUCGUAUGAGUUAGCAUGGAUUAGCAUAAUAUUUUAUUAGUGGUUUGAAUAUUUUAGAUUUACAGUAAAGUUAUAGUGAGUUAUAGUGUGAUAUACUUAUUUUGGUUAAAUGGUUACAUGAUGAUGAAUAUAGGUUUUGGUUCGUCCAUAUAAGACUCGAGGUACAUCUAUAUUAGGCAAGUAUUACGGAGUUUAUGAACCAUACAUUCGGGCUGCUGGAUUGUAUACUUUUAUGGAGCUUGCCUCGUUGCAUGGUGAUUCUGACUUGAUCACGGCAGUAGUGGAGCAUUGGCGACCAGAGAGCUCCACUUUUCACCUCCCUUGUGGCGAGUGUACCAUUACUUUGGAGGAUGUUGUCGUGCUUACAGGACUAUCAGUUGACGGUCAGGCUGUGAUCCUAGAUAUUCCAAACUCAUCAUGGGAUGAUAUAUGCAUGAGUCUACUUUGGAAACUUCCUCCUGUAGAGCAGCGACAGAUCUUGCGAAUGGACGUGUUAAGUACUCUUUCCUUAGAGAUGCAUUCACUACCUUGCCAGAGGAAGCUUCAGAUCAUACUACUAGUUAGUAUGCGGGAUCAUAUUGCAUGCUGCUUUUAGGAGGAGUGAUGUUUCCUGAUCGAUCUGAAGCUAAGAUGCAUCUUAUGUGUGGUCUACUUCUCGAGGAUUGGGCACGUGCAGGAGGCUAUGCAUGGGGCGCAGCUGUAUUAGCAUACUUAUAUCGAGAGCUUGGUAGGAUCACUUUGAGGAUGACAUAUGCACCGACUAUGGGAGGUGAUCUUGGAGGCUAGACCGACUUGAUAGCUGCAUGGGUGUGGGAGCGAUUUCCAGCCCUCGCCCCUUUAGAUACACGCUACUGGCAGCCUGUCACGGAGGAUUCACAUCCACGUGCUGCGAGGUGGUUGCCCCACCUACAUCGGGCUCACACAGACUACAUGCAGUGGUUUAGAGUGUUCAUGGAUGAGAGUAGACAGCCAUUUGUGGUGAGUAAUUAGAACAAAAAAAUAAAUUAUAAUAAUAAUCACCAUUAAAUUAUAAUACUAAUUAGAAUAUUUUGCAUUGAUCAUGUUUGGACUUUGGAUGUAGUGGCGUCCUUAUCUGGAGAGAGAUCCAGAUAUUGCAGCCUGUGUACAGGAGUCGGCGACCUUUCGAGCCGUGGUUCCACUGAUUUGUUUUCGAGCAGUGGUCUGGCAUCAUCCAGAUCGUACGUUACGUCAGUUUGGCAUGGAUCAAAACAUACCCCAUAGUCCAGAGAGCUCAGAGGAGAUAUUGUGGUUGCUUCGUCAGGACCAGCGAGUUGUACCAUUAGGCGCCGACUUGUGCACCACGUAUCGAGAGACGAUCGAGUUGUGGGAUAGACGAGCUAUGUAUGUGGCGAGUACGCGCGCCCCAAUUAGUCAUAUUCCCGCCUCAAUUAGCCUUUGGCUCCUUAUUCAGGCGCGUGCGCCUUAAUUCGGUUUACCGCGUACUAUAAAGCCCAAUUGGGGUGUGCACGCCCCAAUUUUGUUUUAGCAACAAUAGAUUGAGAAUUAUUUUUCCAGUCACGGUAUUUCGGGUAUUUUUUUUUAAAAUUACAAUAGUUAUGGAAAACCCCCAAGAUAAGGAACAUAAGAAAGCAGAGAAAAUGUGAAAUAAAAGGGGGUGUGGGGGUAGAAAAGGUGGUAUGGAAUUAAUGAAUGAGAGUUUAAUGCCCUCCAACGACUUUGACAACAAAAUUUCCGUGGAAGAUGGCCAAACUGCCCUCACCCAACUGUCAAAAUGGGUCACCUCCAUAAACCUCCAAAUCAAGUAUUAAAAAAUCGUAUCGUACUAAUGGUUGGACCAGAAAAUCUUUCUACCUCGAGCGAAAUUGAUAUGUGGUAUUUAGUGGUAUGAAAUAGUUGAAUUGCCAUUAAAUCACGAUUUCAGCGUAAAAUAUUCUAUCACAAACUUUUCCAAUACAUACAAUAUAUCAAUUGUUGUUCCAAACUGUCCAAAUUCACCACUUCAGAACUUUCCAAGGCUACCUUCAAUUUUCACCGUAACACCAUAUAUGCAACAAAUCCACUGUACCUUCCAACUUUACUUUCCCCAUCUCACACACACUACACAAAAUUCUCUUCUUUUUUCCUUACACCACAGUCUAUAUUGGUGACAAGUGAGUGUGACCAGUUACUACUCUAGUUUAGUUGGGUCGGGUUGGUAAAUUGAUUAAAGAUGUCACUUCUCUUUUACUGUGUGGUCCAAACAAGCAUUUUUUUUUUGUCGGAAGCAAUUUUAAUCUUUAAGAAAGUGGUCUCAAUUUCGUUGAAAUAUACAACUCUCGUAACUUUCCAUCGUUUGGUUGGUUGAUUUAGUUCACUUCACAUGAAAAUUGGCACCAUGGAAGGUGAUGUAGAAUUCUCACAAUCUAGGGUAGCAUUUCGAAAUUGUAUUUUAACGUUUGAUGUUUAUUACCCAUAUAUAUUACCCCCUUCCCAGUACAUACUAUUCUUUAAUUAAUAAGUAAUAACAGGGAUAACAUUGA